CACUGACUAGCUUCGUCACCGCCCGUGAUCGCCGGCGACUUUCCGUGGAUCCCUUUGUACUCAGCAUCACUGGGCCCCACUUCCCAUUUCCCUUUAUAUCUCUUUCGCUUUUCCACUUUUCCUCUAUCCCUCUCCUUCUCCUCACGAGCCUCACCGGAUCCAAUCGCCAUGGCGGAGCUCUCGGGCGCCGACGUCGAGAAGAGGACGGCGGCGGCGCAGGCCUGGAAAGCGCUGCUCGGAUGGGUGGGCUUCCUCGUCGGCGUCUUGAUCCAGAUCGUGAGAGUCUCCCCUUCCUGGGCUCGUGCAAUCUCCCCCGUCGGAUUUCGCCAUCUGUUGACUGGUUCUUCUUCUGAGUCUGAGCCGGCGUUCAUGGCCCUCCCCGUUGACGCCCCUACUGAUACUCCGCCGCCGCUUUCACCGUCUGCUGCUGUGCCCAUCGGGAAGCUCACGGUAGUGCUCGACUUGGACGAGACUUUGGUAUGUGCAUAUGAAACAUCUAGCCUUCAUCCCCUUAUCUGCUCCCAGGCAAUAAAUUCAGGGCUUAAGUGUUUUGAGAUGGAAUGUGUAUCUGGAGAAAAGGAUGUUGAAGGAAAGCAAAAGGUGAAUCAUGUGACAGUUUUCGAGCGACCUGGUUUGCAAGAGUUCUUACAACAGACCAGUGAAUUUGCAGAUCUUAUUCUUUUUACUGCUGGUCUUGAAGGUUAUGCUAGUCCUCUAGUUGACAGAAUAGAUUUAAAUAACAGAUUCACUCUUCGUCUUUAUCGGCCUGCCACAGUCAGCACGAAAUACAGGGAACAUGUGAAAGAUUUGUCAUGUCUAUCAAAAGACCUAUGCCGGACUGUACUCGUAGAUAAUAAUCCAUUCAGUUUCUUGCUUCAACCAUUGAAUGGAAUACCUUGUAUCCCAUUUUCUGCUGGAAGACAUGAUGAUGAUGAGGUACUCCAAAUGUUUACAUCAAUCAUUCAUGGAAUCAAAUCUCAUGAGAGACCUUCUUCCACUUCUAAAGCAGCUUUCCCUCCAGAAGGAUGUCAGACCUUUUCUAUAUGAAAAAUUUCGCAUGCCAGAGUGGUUUCAAAAGCAUGGGAUUCCUUCCCUUGAUUGAAGUAUGUAAAUACUAGAGUACACUUGAACCCUUUGGCAACGGCGGUCAUUCUUUCCGCACUUCAACAUGUAUCAAGCCUUGCGGUAAGUAACUUAUACCGAUUUCAUGCAUUCUUGUAUAUUAUCAUCCAGUUAAAAAUGCCAGAUUCUUUAGAUUCAUGAGCACCGUGCAAAUAAAACUCUCAGUGCUGUAUCUAUAUGCAUAAAUACUAACAUUUGAUAAUAGCUGUUCAAAUGUUGUUAAUGAA